GCGGCGCGCAUGCGGGCCGCAAAUCCGGAAGCGCAGGCGUUCAAUUUCGGAUUCACGCUGCUAUCGGUUUUUGCACUUUCUACCUGUGCUCAAGAAUAGAAAAUACCAUGACUAAGACUUAAUAAGAUUUCGCCCUUAAAGCACGUUAAAUUCAUGGAAAUUUACUACGAGCUGAUUUAACAGCUAAAGCCUCCUAUCCGUCGUGCAUCGUCAUUGUGAACUUCUGUGUAAUAUAUACCACGCAGGUUGAAAAAUAACUGAGGAAGAAUUGGUACAACUAAAGCGAUGUGGAGAAAAAUAGCCGGUUUACAAAAAAACAAAACGAUUAAAUAUGGCAUCCCGAUGGUUCUGCUCGUUGUAGGAGGCUCUUUUGGACUUCGGGAAUUCACACAGAUUAGAUACGAUGAGCAAAAAAUAAAGAAGAAGCUGGACCCAGCACUGGAGGCCAGAGUGAAUGUCCAGAACCAGUCUGUAAUCUUGAAUGAAGAAUAUGAGAAACUUAAAGGAUUGAAUAUAGAUGACUGGAAGAAUAUUCGAGGCCCACGGCCAUGGGAAGAUUCACGUGUGUAUCAGGAACAGCAGAGAACCCAGUAAAGUAGGGAGCAGUAGAGGUUUCUCAGAGGGGCAGUUCAUGCAGAAGGACUCCCAGUUCUCAGACGUCAGCAGUACAUUAGUACCUGCAAUGCACUGUAGUUUUCAAUGGAGUUCCAAUCACCUUAGGUGACUGGCUUAUCAUAAGCACUUGUAACGAAAGUGAAGGAUAAUUGGUGGUUGAUCAAAGUAUCCAUGUAUGUUUUGAAAUAAAACAAUGAAUUAUUGGAAACCAA